GGGGGCGCACACGUUAACGUUUCAAAUGCAGCUCCACAUGAAUGAUCCUGACGUGGGAUUGAAGGCUGGCCAGGUAACGGUGUUGCCGAAAAAGGAAAUUUCAUCUAUCACAGGAGUUGUUUUUGGGCUUAUUCGGGAUAAAAACGUCGACAUAAUGCCUGAGCCUGCAGAAAUUAACAGUCCCGAGGUUGCAAAGACGCCCGGUGGUAGCAGUGGCUCUGGGAAAGAAGACAGCAUGCUGAACGGACACAAGGAAGGAGAAGCCAACCCCUUUGCAGAGUACAUGUGGAUGGAGAAUGAAGAGGAGUACAACAGGCAGGUGGAGGAAGAGCUUUUGGAGCAGGAGUUUCUGGAGCGCUGUUUCCAAGAAAUGUUAGAAGAGGAGGAUCAAGAUUGGUUCAUUCCUGCACGGGACCUUCCUUCUGGUGUUGGACACAUUCAGCAACAGUUCAGUGGGCUGUCUGUCAAUGACUCGAAUGCUGAAGACAUUGCACGCAAAAGCAGUUUGAACCCAGAAGCGAAGGAGUUUGUGCCGGGAGUAAAAUACUAGGGAUCUACUGGGUUCCUUUAUAGAGACUCUUUAUGUGACUGCUGAUGGUCAGUGGUCACCCCCUCCUCAUGCCUCAAUUAAAAUUGGAGUAUGUGGGGGGGUUGGUGGGGUGAGGGUUUGAUUCUCUUCUAUAAGCUUUCUAUUUUUAUUUGUCUCCAUGUGUACCCUGGGCGGGACAAUAGGGUGGGCUGGGGAAUCCAAGUAAUGCUCCUAUUGGACCGCUUCAGUUUGUGACUAGCUUUAAAAGAGGCAACUAUGUUAUUUCCACUAUUGUGAUAGUGACUACCAGUUUGUCCCUGGACAUUGAUAAAACCUUCUAAUUCCUUUCUUUUCCUUUCCCUUUUGUUCCUGUCCUCUUUUUUUUUAAGGGAGGAAAUGUGUCAAUAGAGUGGGAGGGGAUAUGGGUGGGAUGAAGAAUGAUUGACACGGCAAAAAGGAUCAUUGGCAGGUGGACCAGUUAAAAGUGUUUGGAGAUGACGGCAGCUGACUUCCUGUAAGGGAUUUUUUUUUAAUGUGUUUAUUUUUUUCUUCUUCAGUUGAAGUCCUUUCACUGUGCAACUUGCAUUUACAAAAAUGAAGAAAAAAAGCGUAAUGAAAUAAAAGAGUGGGUUCCGGC